UACCACUGGUGGGGUAACAAAUGUCAAUAAAAAAUCAGCAAUAAAGCACGAAAUUGACACAAAAAAGCGGAACAAUCAAUGAAAAUAUCCUUCCAGUGCCGUUUUAAACCCCCCAGUGUAGUAAAGUCGGGUUAAAAAUUGCUUUUCGGGUGCCAUCAAAACCUAACCCUAAAAUGGCACGUCAGAGACGGACUCAGGGCGCCGCAGACCCCAAUAAAGGUACAAACAGUAGCAGCAGCAAUGGUAGCAACUCUACCAACAACCGAUCUUCAAAAUCCACUAGUCUCCUUUCAUACUGGAAGCAAAUCAUCGGUUGUAUUGUUCUGGGAAUUGCGGUGUCUCUGGGCUACAUGGGGUACUUGGAGACACGUGUCAAUACCCCCUUCGACGAUAAGAAGAUGGUUGUCAAAAGUGGGCUACAAGUCCCGGAACAAUUUUGGGGGACGUACAGGCCGGGGCUUUAUUUCGGGUUGAAAACACGUGACCCCACGUCACUUGUCACCGGUUUAAUGUGGUAUUUCCCCAAAAGGUUGCGUCCAGGGGGUGAUGGGAUACGUCAUUGGUGUGAACAAGGUGAUGGGUUGGAAAAAUAUGGGUGGGUUAAACAUGAUGGUAGUAAUUUUGGGGUACAGGAAAUUAUCGAUGGGGGCUAUAAUAUCGAUACGUCGUUUGUUAAGCGACUUGGGGGCAGCCAUGGGGGCGAUUGGACGGCUCGGAUCAGUGUCACCAAACCUGGGGCAAGUGAGGAUGUUUCACUCAUCUGGUAUACAGCGUUAGAUGAGGAAACGAAAGGUUUUAUCUCGCUUACUAAUUCUGCUACGAAAUUUACCGGAAUUAAGGGGGAAACUACCGGUUUAGGGGAAUUCACUAUUAAGUUUACGAAUAAUUCCGGUGUUGUGAGUCAUGAAUCGUUUUUGAGUACGGUAGCCCCGGGACUUCACCUACUCAAGGAAACAGUGGUGGGGUCACUAAGACUGGCACAGGACAAACCAAAUUCCCCCAGACGUAUUGUUUUGGGCGGGGAAAUACUCCCGGAAACGGGCACCGGAAAAGCACAACCAAACUUCGUCGCCGUACAAUUAACGGGUAAAGUCCCGUUUUCGAUCGAUGUCGUUUUCGAAUCGGGUAGUUUCGGUACAAGACAGGAUACGCUGGUGGGGGAGACUUACAGCAAGGCUUUAGCUUGGCACGUGGCCAGGUUUGGACAAAGGUUUGAGGAUACCUUUGGAUUACACAAAAAAGGUUAUGGUCCGAAAGAGGUGACCUUCGCCCAAUCGGCCCUCAGUAACAUGCUGGGAGGCAUCGGCUAUUUUUACGGCACUUCCAAAGUGCAAAGUUUCUACACCAAAGAACCGGUGCACUAUUGGCACGCCCCCUUAUACACAGCAGUCCCGUCUCGAAGUUUUUUCCCUCGUGGUUUUCUAUGGGACGAAGGUUUCCAUGGCUUUCUGAUCGCAACGUGGGACCUUGACCUUGAACUUGACAUUAUCAGUCAUUGGUUCGAUUUGAUGAACGUUGAAGGGUGGAUCCCCCGUGAACAAAUCCUGGGUGUUGAAGCUAUAGCGAAAAUACCCGAAGAAUUUAUCGUCCAACGAAAUACUAACGCAAAUCCGCCGACUUUCUUCCUCACGUUGCAAUACAUUUUGCGUAAAUAUUACGAUAAGUUGAGCGAGGGACGUUUGGCAACACUGGAACGGUUGUAUCCAAGGUUACAGGCGUGGUUUGCAUGGUUUAAUACCACGCAAAAAGGGGCGGGGCCUGGCAUGUACCGGUGGAGGGGGCGUGACGCAACAACCAAUCGUGAGCUGAAUCCGAAAACUUUAACUUCGGGCCUUGACGAUUAUCCACGAGCGUCACAUCCGACCGAAGCCGAAUACCACGUCGAUCUAUACUGUUGGAUCGCCAUAGCUAGUGAUACUUUAGCAAGGUUGGCAACACUGUUGGACCGUGAUGGGUAUAAAUACGAACAAACUGCCGAUUAUUUGAAAGACAAUUUCCUAUUGGAUAAUUUACAUUGGUCUAAUUACGCAUCGCGUUACGCCGAUUAUGGUUACCACACUGAUUCUGUUAAAUUAAAACGACCGAAACCGUUACCAAGGUCACAAAACCAAAACAUGGAGAUGGUGCGUGUGACCUUGAAAAAUCCCGAAUACCGAUUGGUCGACUCGACUUUCGGUUACGUCAGUUUGUUUCCGUUUUUGUUACAAAUGAUUGAUUCGGAUUCGUUGAAAUUGGGCCAGAUUUUGGAUGACCUUCGAAAUCCUGACUUGUUAUGGACGAAGUUUGGUCUAAGAUCACUGUCCAAAAAUUCACCCCUGUAUAUGAAACGCAACACCGAACAUGAUCCGCCAUAUUGGAGGGGCCAAAUUUGGAUAAAUAUCAAUUUUCUAGCAGUCCGGUCCUUGUAUUUCUACGCCAAUACGGAGGGGCCCUAUCGGGAUAAAGCCAACGCGAUUUAUAAAGAUUUGCGGGAAAAUGUGAUUAAAAACGUGAUGACGCAAUAUUUCAAAACGGGUUAUCUGUGGGAACAGUAUAAUGACGAAACGGGGGAGGGGAGUGGCUGUAGGCCUUUUACGGGCUGGACGGCCCUGGUUGUAUUACUUAUGGGCGAGCAAUACUGAGUCAAUAAAAAUCUAAGUACG